AUGUAUCAUAAUAAUUUGAUUGAUAAUAAUAAUGUCGGACACAUAAAUCGUAAUGAAUCAAAAGCUAGCCAUAAAAAUGAUGAUGAACAUCAUAAUGAAACAAACGUCAAUCAUGAAUAUGAUCCAUAUAGUUAUGGAUUUCGUCCAUUAUCCGAAAGAAAUAUUUAUCGUUCAUUCGAAAUAAUUCGUACGCCAACCGAAACUAAUACCGAUGAAAAAAAAUCAACUAAAACACAGUCACAGCAACAACAAGAAUCAACGAUUGUUUCAGAUGAUGGUCCAUUCGAUGAAAUUGAUAAUAGUGGCCACAUGAAACAUCAAACACAGAACAAAUUCAUGUCGUCGGAAGAAGGAUCAUCAAUCAUUAAUAAGAAUCGUGAAGGAAAAUUCGAUGAAUAUACGAUUCCAACCAUCAUGGUAAAUGAAAGACCAGUCGAUGUACCCGGUUAUAAUCCAUUGAAACAUCAAUCAAAAUCACCUAAGAUGACAAAAAAUCAAGAUUCGGAAUCCAGAAAAUCACCACGAGUAAUUGAGAUUAAAGUUCAAAAAUCAUCAGAUGAAAUGCCCAAAGAUUCAAAUUCGAAUCAUACAAAUACUGCUACUAUUUCAACAACAAAUGAUUCAAAUUGGAAAAAACCACCAUUACCACCGAAUCAUGGAUUUCGUCGACGAACAUCCAUGCCAGUCACUACUGGCCAUCGAAAACAGCAGCUACAUCAACAACAACAACAGCCACGACCAUCUUCAUCAUCGGCCAUUCAUAGUAAUCAUUAUCAUGAUAAUAAUCUUCAAAUUCCAAAAGUUUGGCCCGAUUUUCAUCAUCCAGAUAGUUUCCAUGUAGAUCGUUUGCCAUUUUCAUAUUGGUUUUCAGAUUCAAAUUAUUACGAUAAUCGACGUGAAUCCAUUUCAUGUCCAUAUUCAUCACCAACAUCGAUAGAUGAACUAAUGAAUUCGGAACCAAUACCAACUAAAUUUCAUUCAUAUAAAUGUACACGAUAUGAAUUGACCAAAACGACUACGACCACUUCGGAUGAAAAGACAAUACCCAAAAAAGCAUGAUAAAUUUAUUCAAAUUUCCAUAGUCAAAACACAGAUUAAUAGAAUAUGAUAAUAUCAAUUCUGACAUGAUCGACAUUAAUUGAAUGAAAUUUAUUACAUCUCUUUUCACCGCACAUUUAUUCGAAUGUCAUGAAUGUUUUUUUUCCAUUAAUAAUCAUAAAACAUC